GGGGAUUAUAGCCUGUCGUGCAUGAGAUAAGGCCUGAAAUACCUCGAAAAAUCAUGAUUAUAUACAGUAUUCUUAUAAACUUAAUGUAAGAUGGAAUAAUUAAUGUUAAAUUUUGUUUGUUUUCAGAUAUUCUAAGUUCGUCACAAGAUGUCCCCUCUCAGAUUAUGCGGAGUUCGGCUCCACUCCGUUGGAGUGUUGGCUGUGUUAAUGUACCUUCUAGACACAUCUUUGGCUCAAGACGAGCAAGGCUUCGUCCAAAACGAAGACUAUCCGUCCGGUGUGUACAAUGAAGUCCCCAAAAACUUGCUCUUUACUUGCGACGACAAGCUGCCCGGGUACUAUGCGGAUCCGCAGACUAAUUGUCAGGUAUGGCACUGGUGUGUGCCAAGCAUCGGUGGCAAUCUCCAGUACUCCUUCGUGUGUGCGCCUGGCACCGUGUUCAACCAGCGGCUAAGGGUGUGCGACUGGGAUUAUAAGACGGAUUGCCCGAACUCGCAGAGCUAUUACGGCAUCAACGAGGAUCUGUACAAGGACGAAACUGGGAACUUCAUCAACGGGAAAAAGUAGAUCAAUAUUAUCUUAACUAAUCUCUUCAUUUGGGCUAUUUAGAAUUUUCCUGUUUAAACCAUUUUUUCUCGAAAUUCUUUUGACAUUAAAAAUAGUCUGGAUUUUUAUUGUAUUAAAAAUUAACUUCCGGUACGUCACACAUGUAAAAGGUGAUCUGGAAAAAAAUAGAGUCAGACCAAGCUAAGUUGGCAGCGAUUAUGAUAGCCCAGCCUGUGCAAGUGUUAAGUAAACCGCAUAAUUGCAUAGAUGUUUGACGUUUAAAAUAACACUUGCGCUGUGUGGGCUAUCAAAAUCGCCAACUUAUCUUGGUUUGACUCUAUUUGGAAUUGUUUUUGCGCAAAUCCAACGCCCUACGUUCUUCUCCAUCUAUGAUCUGUUAAAAUAUCGCAAACCGAUUUGAAUCUUUCACUACUUUAUACACAUUUUAAGCUUUUUUUCUUUGUAACAAUUAAU